CAACAAAGUGCGAGAAAAUGCGAGACUUCAAUAAAAACAGUAGAAAUGGAUUUUGCACAUAAAAAUCUUUUGUGCAUUAAAAUGCAAUUAGGAAUAAUGAUUUAUGAAUAUAUUUGAAUUAAAAUGGAUUUCCAACCAAGUCUAUUUGUUCUGGUUUGGUUUUCCAGCGUAGGUCCAGUUGUUGUGAAUACAGCCUCCUUUUAUGGUGACAGCUACAUCAAUCUUCCAUUUCAAGAUGAUUCAGACACAACUCAACUUCAGCUAAGAUUUAGAACUUCUCUUCCUAAUGGACUUUUGUUUUUGGCAUCUGGAACAACAGACUAUCUAUCUGUUGUCAUCAAAAACGGAAAAUUACAAGUGGAACUUGAUCUGGGAUCUGGGGUCAUCUUACUAGCCUCAGAAAAAAACAAUCAGCUGAAUGAUGGAAAUUGGCAUCGAGUUAAAUUUCAACAAAAAGCCUUGUCAUUUAAUCUAAUAAUAGAUGAUGAUGAAAUCAUUAAAACAGACGGGAAAGGUUCACUAACAAAGCUUAAUAUUCAAAAUGGCAUUUAUUUAGGAGGGUUACCAUCAGACAUUUCAAGUAUUUCUGGAAAUAGUUAUCAAAAUUUUAGAGGAUGCUUGCAAAAUGUUUUAUACAAUCAGUACAAUAUUCUGAAUUUGGCGCUUGAAUUACCAGGGGAGAGCAUAAAUCACAUUUCAUGGAACUGUGAGGAGGAAUUUGGAGCAAAAAAGUCCAAUGAAAUUAGCUUUUCUACAAGUAUAUCUUAUGCAUCUUUUCCUCGUUUAGACUUUAGAUCAACAGGUUCUAUAACUUUGGAAUUUAAAACUCUUCAGAAAAAUGCUCUUUUAUUGUUGAAUUUUGCCAAAAAAGAGGAAAACACUCACUUACUUACCAUUGAAAUAUUAAAUGAGAGAUUAAAGUUGAAUGUAAAUCGGGGUGGCACAACAUUAAGUUUAAAUUCAGAAGUUUCCAUAAGUGAUGGCAAAUGGCACCUUAUCGAAGUAGUUUUCUAUGAUGACAGAUUUGUUUUUGGAGUAGAUGUUGAAAGGCAACAAUCCAGAUAUAAUUCAGGAGACAGUAGGAGCUUUAGACUGACCAGUGAUCUGUUUAUAGGAGGUGUAGAUCAAAUACAACAAGGAAGUGUUAAAGAUUCCAAAUUAUUUACGUCUCCAACCUCAUUUCAAGGAUGUGUAAGAAAUAUUGUGAUAAAUAAAGAGGCAUUUGGCUUUCCAGACAUUACAUCUAGUAAUGGCCUAAGUGUGGGUUGUAUAUCUCAAAGCCCUUGUAUGUCAAAUCCAUGCGAGUCAGAUUACCGAUGUGAAGAAACUAAGGAAGGCUAUGAAUGUGUCUGUAUGUCAGGUGACUGUUCAAUUGUUCUGGAAGAAACACCUGAAAGAAAGCAUACAAAUAAUGAUCAAGGUGACUCUGUUGUAUUUGUCACCCCAUUAUCGGCAAGGGAAGGGGACGAAACAGUUAUAACAACAAGUAACAUUGACAUUCAGUUCAAUUAUAGAAGAUACAAUAUUAGAGAAUCAGCCAUUCAAUUUUACGUUCUUGAAAAGCCUAAAUUUGGCUCCUUUAGAAUUGAUUUAGGGAGAAGAAGGAAUAGUGAUGUUUUUACACUAUUGGAUUUGAUUGGGGGAAAAGUGUCAUAUACUCACAAUGGCGAGGAGGAAUUUAGUGACAGCGUUAGCAUUGAAAUGUUAAUCAUUGGAAAUGAGGAUAAGGUUAUUCCAGAGAAACUUACUCAAAAAUAUGCUUUUGUUCUGCCGAUUAUUGUAACACCGGUUAAUGAUCCUUCUAUCAUAAGCACUCAAGGAAAUGGAUUUAUUAAAAUGGCUAAAUAUUCGGCAUUUGACAUAAAUAAUGAUAUUUUAUCAGUUGUUGACCCGGACAGUGACCUCAAAGAUAUAGUUCAUACAACAUCUUGCGAUAUACAAAAUAAUAGAAAUUAUUUUCAGCGAAAAAACAGCCCAGGUUUGAAAAUUAAUACGUUUACUCAAGAAGAAGUUCAAAAUGGAAUCAUUCAGUUUGUUGACAAAACUAGAAGAACAACAAGAUGUGAUGUCACAGCCAAUGAUAAAGGGGAUAGAACUAAUUCUUUAACUUUGACCUUUCAACCUGUUGAACUUUAUGUUGCUUUAUUGUUUGCAUCACGUAUCAAGGUGGCAGCUAGUAGCUAUAUAAUUUUAACUAAUUCGAAUCUUAAUACCCGAACUAAUGUACCAUUACAGAAGUUAAAUGUUACCUAUCAAAUAACAUCACAACCACUUUUGGGAAAUUUAGAACUUUUACAGUCAGACCAAAGUUGGACCAAAGUUACUCAUUUUAAUCAACACAAUAUUGACAAUAGUGAAAUUCGUUAUAAACAUACCAACAUAUCAUAUAGAGGACCUACUGACCAAUUCUCAUUCAUUGUCAAAUGCUUGAAAGAUAAACUUCCUCAAAGUACUAUUCCUGUUGAUAUAAUUCCACUUUCAAUUACAGUUAAUACGCCAAACUCUGUCAAAGCUGAUGGCUCAAAGGGAUAUUUCCUUUUGACAAAAGACAAAUUAGAAGCUGGGACAAAUAACCAUGAACAGCCACCAGGCGAUAUCCAAUUUCAAAUUUCACGACCUCCAGCUCAAGGUCACUUGUAUCAUGUAUCAACCAAUGAAAAUUUAGGAAAUAAGUUAAAAGGGUCAAACUUUCUAGCUCAAGGUGAUUUAUUUACUCAAAAAGAUAUUAAUGAUGGACUGAUUGUGUUCAAACUUGACAGGAAAGUGUUUGACACACUUACUGACUUCAUAGACUUUAGAAUACAAGUUCGUGAAGCGCGAUCAAAACUAUUCAGAUUGAGAUUUCAAAUCUUACCAGAACAAACAGAUAUUAAAUUCAUUAACAGUCCAUUGACAAAUGUUUUUGAGGGUGAACAAAAAGCAAUUGAGAAAGAUGACUUAUAUCUUGAAACAAGUGAGUAUAGAGAAUUUGAAUAUACCGUCAUUGAUUUUCCAAAACAUGGAAUCCUGUUAACUGUUCAUCCUAGAUCCAUGGGUAUACUUGAAAGAAACAUUUCUAAAUUUACUAAUGAAGAUAUUCGAACUUUUAAAAUUAUUUAUCAGAAUGAUGAUUCUGAGAGUGUUACAGACUCGUUCAGUUUUAUUGCUGUGCCAAUUAUUCAGAGCACAAACAAACCAACAGUUAAAGAGCAUGAGUUUCAUGGAACAUUUCAGAUCCAAAUAACAAUGAGAAAUGACCAUUACCCUAUACGAUUGGUUGAUAAAGUCUUUCAUGUUGUGUCAAAUAGUGAUCAUGUGUUGACAUUAGAUGAUUUAGCAUUCGGAGAUCCUGACAUAGACUUUAAUGCUAUGAAUUUGGUGUACUCUCAUCGUGGUGUAUCAAAUGGUGACUUCAUAUUCACUGAUAAUAAGACAGCUGUUUAUAGGUUUACACAAGAGAACAUAGCCGAUGGUGAUAUUUCUUUCCGAACCAAAGGAACCGUUUUGAUUGGACGAGCAGUAAUGCAUGUCUCAGAUGGACAGUUUGUAACUACAAGUUUAUUCGAGAUUCAAGCAUCUAAUCCUUACAUUAAGAUUGUUAAUAAGACAGGAAUUAUUGUUAAAAGUGGAAAAUUUGAAUUUAUUUCUUCUUUGAACUUGAGUGUAGAAACAAAUAUAGAUUGUCAACCAAAUGAACUUAAAUUUGUUCUGAUUGAGGAACCACGAUAUGGAAAAGUAGAAAAGAACCAUAGGGAUGUUGCAGAAUUUACUUACAAGGAUAUUUUAAGUCAAAGAGUUAGUUACAAGCAUAAUGGUAGAAAUGGAUUUGAAGAUGCAUUUCAAUUCAUAGUAAUGACACAAAAUGCUCAGGUACAAGGAACAUUCCCAAUUCGAAUCAUAACAGAAAGUCAUAACCAUCCACCAAGAAUCAUAAACAAUAACCUUAUAGAAGUACAGGAAUUACAAGAGGUGGACAUUACAAAGGAUUAUUUAGAAGUAUCUCAUCCUGACACGCUUCCCUCUGGUAUAACAUACACAGUUAAAAGCCAGCCUCAGCAUGGCCGCUUGCUAUUGGUUGGACACAGAGAAAACAUAGUGAAUCGUUUCACACAGGAAGAUAUAAAUAAUAACAAUUUAAAGUUCCGUCAUACACAAUCUGGUCCACUGGAUGAUUUCUUUACUUUUGAUGUUUCAAAUGGUUUUAUGAGUUUGCGAAAUUUACAAUUUGUCAUGGAAAUUCUUCCUUCAUUUCUUGAAAUUGAUUCAAAAAAUUUAACUGUAAGAGAAGGAGGCAGAGUCCCUCUGACUCCAUCACAUCUGAAAUUAAAAAAUCGGUAUUAUAACAGUAAAUUAGUUGACUAUGAAGUUUUACGUCAGCCAGGAAAUGGACAGAUUGAAACUAUAAGAAAUUUAGGAGCACCACUGGCUUCAUUUACAUCAGAAUCUAUUCAGAAUGGAGAAAUAUUUUAUGUUCAUGACAAUAGUGAAAUGUCAAAUGACAAUUUUAUUCUGAAAGCUGCUGUCGACAAUAGAAAGAAGGAGAGUAGGAUGACAGUGAUGCAUGUAGCUAUCAAAUCUAUCAAUGAUAAGCCUCCGUCAGUUGUUGUCAAUAAGAAACUAGAAAUAUGGAGGGGAUCUAUGACAUUAAUUACAAAUAAUAACUUGAAAUCGUCAGAUCCUGAUUCACCACCUGAAAACAUCAGAUACACAAUAACUCAGCCUACAAAUGGUCAUGUGGCAUUUCUUAACAACACCUUCAGAGGUAUAGCAUCCUUCACACAAGCAUUGGUCAAUGCUGGACAAGUGACCUUUGUUCAUCAGGGGGCAGAUAAUGGUGAAUUCAGCUUCCAUGUUUCUGAUGGUGUCAACAGUGAUGGUCGCUUACACAAGUUUUAUGUGACUGCCAGAUCUUUGUUUGUCACAUUGGUUAGAAAUUUAGAACUGAAGGUUUAUCCUGGGAGAACUCAAGCCAUUACUAUCAGUCAUUUAUACGCCAAAACAAAUGAUCCUGGGAAAACUCAUCCAAUCAUAUACAAUGUUAUGGCAAAACCAAAAAAGGGUAGAAUUAUCACUCGAUAUAAUCAACGACCACUAGAACUGCAGUCAUUUAAACAAGAUGACAUAGAAAAUGGACUUAUCUUUUAUGAACACACAUCAUUUGAUACUGAAUGGGAUGAAAAAGAUGUGUUUACUUUUGAAGUUUCCUCCUUGUAUGCCUCCCCAGUCCAAGAUCAGAGGUUUCAGAUUGACAUUUCAUACACAAACAUAGAUAGAAGGGGCAGUGCCACUUUUAACGAAAAAGGAAAGUUAUCAGUUAAAGAAGGAGGGGAGGUAAUUCUUACAAGAGAUCAUGUUGAUGUGACUGAUUACAUUCAGAGAUUGCAUACAGUAGAUAGACAGCGUGUGGAUGUUUCAUUUAUAUUGGCUGCUAUACCAAAGCAUGGCAAUAUCUUGUUGCAUGGAAAUGAAUUGAUGCUUGGCCAGUCUUUUACACAGGACAAUAUCAAUAGGCGACAAGUUAAAUACAAACAUGAUGAUUCAGAAACCAUUGAGGAUAAUUUUAUGGUUAAGUUAGAACUUUUGGAUGGUGGUAAACUUCCAAACAGUGCUGCAUUGAAUUUUACUGUCAAAGUAACGCCUGUAAAUGAUGAAUUAUUCCGACUUGUCACUACCAAUCCACGUUUAUAUGUCGUUCAAGGACUCAAGGUUGACAUCACAAGUAAUGACUUAAAAACUGAAGAUUUAGAUACUCCCUCAGAUCAAAUUAUUUAUGAACUUACAAUCUUACCCAAAAAUGGAAUUAUAGCUUUCAAUGGUAAUCCUCGUCAGCUGAUCAAUAGAUUUUCUCAGAAGGAUAUAAACGAUGGAAAAAUACAAUUCCAACAUGAUGGUAAAAGUCCAUCAACAACUUUUCAUUUCAGUGUAUCUGAUGGGAUGUUCCCCGCCAUCAGCAGGUCGUGUUACAUUACUGUCAUUCCAGUGUCUAUAGAACUAAUUAACGAACAACACAUACAGCUGAUGCAGUCAGAUAACAUUGUAGAUAUAACAGGUCAGAACGUAGCUGUGAAAACUAAUGGUCUCAAGAAUAAUGUGUACUAUAAUAUCACUUCCCCACCCCGUUACGGAGCUAUUUAUUCUGGCAAGUCAGUGAUCUUGUCUUUUAAACAGACUGAUAUAGAUGACGAGAUAAUAUACUACAAACAACAUGAUCUUAGUUCUUACGUAGAUUUCUUUAUUGUGGAUGUGUUUUAUCCUGGAAUAGUCCCUUUAGCGGUGAUUCAUAGUAGAAAAAUAAACAUUGGUGUAGAACCACUGAUUGUUACAAACCCAUUUACAGCCAGAAUAGGUGAAAAAGUGGCUAUAACUACUAAAUAUUUAGAUGCAGGAAAGCUUGCUAACAUUACUGGACAUAUGCCUCAGUUCAAAAUCAUUCAAAAGCCAAUACAUGGCCGAAUAUUGGGUCCAAAAAGAGUGAAAAGAAAUACUGAUUUGGAAACUCAUUAUGACGACAUUGCAUAUUUUUCUCAUGACGAUAUCGUACAAGGCAAUGUGUUUUAUUCCGUCGAUAACAUUCCAUACCAGGAAGGAUUAUGGGAUAGCUUUGGGUAUAUGUUGUCGGCUGAUAGUGUACAACCAGCUGCUGGUAGAUUUAGUAUAAAACUAGCCCCUCCGGAAGGCUACACAACUCCAAGAAUACUCAAUGGUAAUAGUACAGAUGUAAAUCCUAAAGGUCGAGAGGUGAUAGAACCUGAAGUGAGAAGUGAUUUUGUAAUUGUUUUAGCAAUUCUUAUUCCAUUGUUCAUUUUACUCAUUAUAGUUUUGUUAGUGAUAUAUUUCAUUUGGAGAAGACGUCACCACCGAGAAUAUGUCCCACCUUCAAAUGAAAAAAGACUAAGGCCCUCAAUAUCUGGCCCACUGACAUUAGACCAACCUCAUGUUCAUAUUGAACCUCAACAGGAAGUGACUCCCUGUUCUGAUGAUGAGGCAUCGUUUUUUGACGAUCAUCAAAAUUAUUAUAACCUACCGCCACCGAGAGGCAGAAAUGAUGAGUAUAGACUCAUAACACAUGCUGAUGGAAAAUCAGAAGUUGGUUCAAAAGUGCCGCAAUGUAAAGUGAGGUUAUUAGCAGACGACAAUGAAAGUGCGAGUAGAAUGUCUGGAUAUAGUGUUAAAUCAGAUACAAGUACUGAACUGUUUGAAUGGUCAUCUUUAAUGGAUCCUGAAAUACUGCAGCACUGUAGAACCACAAAUCCAGUUUUACGUGAUAAUCAGUAUUGGGUGUAAUCCUAAUUUGUUUUUGUUAUCUUACACUGAAUGUUCAUUUUUUUGUUUUUCAUUAUCAAUGUUAAAAAAAUAUUUCCAUGUGUUGCCAAAACUUAUUAUUGAACUAGUGCUACCUGAGCUUGCUAAAUGAAAUUGUUUUCUCCUAAAAUAGAAGAAAAAAUUUGUUAUGUUAAUGUUAAAUUUUUUUAAAAACAAGUUUUAUCGAUGUACUUUAACAUGUUGCAUGAAGAAUGUACUUAAUAAUCACUGAAAUUUCUUAAUGUAUCUAGAUAAAUUCAGAAGAUAUUAUGAAAAACACAUUUUAAUAAAUAUAGAGCAAGGUAAAGAAAACACAAGUGUAUAAUUCAUCAGUAAUCUCUUCUGUAAGAUGCUUCUAGCUAUGGCAAUUAAAACAUUAAACAUUUAAACAUUUAAACAUUUAAACAAGAUCAUCCAAAUUAGAAUGUAAUGAUUUUAUUGCUUGUUUGACAUUCAUGAUUUUGAUUUUCUAUGACCUUUUGUUUUAACUAUUUAACUAUGCAUUGUAAAUGUGAUUUUAAAGUCUUUUGUAUGCUUAUCAUUACAUACAUAGCUUUGUAUGCAAAGAAAUAUUUUCCGGUUCUCGUUUGACCAUCUUUUGAAAGCUUUUGCUUUAUGUGUGAUACAGUAGAUUUUUAACAAAACAUUGGUCAUUUGCAAUCAUCAUUUAUAUUUUCUAUAUUGUCUAUCUGGUUUAAUUUUUAUUUACAAUAUACACUUUGUUUAGUUUGAAAUAGUUGAGGUUUUUGUAUCACAAACUGUCCAAGCGUGACUUAUUUGGCAGUUGAAGGUAUUUAAGAUGUGUAUCUACAAAUUCACUGGUCAAGGUCGUUAAAAACUUCCAUCAUCAUUGGCUGAUUUUGUCAAUUUAUCUGAGAGGUUAGUGAUAUGGAAAUGACUUUUAAUAGAUGCAACAGAAGUUGAAAUAUUUUGUCUUUGUCCUGAUAAAAGCACUCAUUAAUGAAAGCUUAUAAAAGUAAAUCGAAAAUGUAACAUUUUUUUUUAAGAGUUUGGUUUAAAUUUGUUGCAAUCAAAUAUACCAUACAUGUGCAUUGUAUAGUUGUGUUGGUUUAACAUUUUGUGAUAUGUGAGGUGCUAGUAUGUUAACUAAUCAAAUGAGAUUGUAAUGUCAAAGUUUUUCUGGAUGUAAACAAGUAACUUUUUUUUAUAGAACCACAGUGUAUAUCAGAAUUAUGUAAUCAUUGAAACUGACAGUUCUUAUUCAUCAAGUUCACCACAAAUUACAUCUAGUAGUUCAGCUAAGAGAAACAUUUUGUAUGUGCACCAGAGGCGGAUUCAGGGGGGGUGCCCUCCCCCUUUUUGGGAAAAAAUUUGGUUGCUUAUAUAGGGAAUCACUGAAGCAUGACUGGAGCGGGCCCCCUCUUAGGUCAGUCAGUGGGCCCCAACUUAUGAAAAAUUCUGGAUCCGCCACUGUGCACUUUACAUUUUAUAAGUUUUUUUCACUUGAGAUUUAAAAAUAAUAUAACCAUGAUAACUGUCAUUUCUAUAAGCCUAAGCCUUUUGAUCUUUUUAUGAAAUUCAUUUGGAAUUUUGUAAAUGUACACUUAAUGCAUAGUUUUCAUUUUUGUUGUCAAAUUAAUCUAACAUAAUGCUUGAGUUAUUUAUAAUAUGCAUUAGAUUCGAGAUUCUUCGUAGUUGGAAACAGUUCAGAAUAAGUGAAUAAGUGAUAACAUUAUACAAUUUUUCAUAGUCAACAAAUAAAUUAGAAAUGUCUGGAACCUAAUAUGAAUCUUUCCAUUUUACCAUAUCAGUUAUUUUAAUCAACAUUAGUUUUAUUAAAAACAUUCUCCACUCCAGUCAUAUAUGCCAGUAUUGGUGUUUUAAGCACAUUUUUCUAAUGGCUCUAGCUCAAUCAAUCAGAUCUCAGACCUUCGUCUGUAUGCUGGAAUCAUCUGAUCAUAUUUACUGCCAUAAAGUUUGAUCUUAUAACAUUGAUAUUAGUCUGUUUGCUUUUCCUGAUGGUAAUUUAUUGAUAUUUUUGGUUUUUCCAAUCUCAUAUCAUAUAAUUAUUCCAAUUGUCCAUAUAUAUGUUCUAUAAAAUUGUUAGACUAAGUAUGUUACAAUGAAAGGUUAUUUAGUAAUGGGUCAUUUAAAAUGUAUACCUAGAGUAAUAGAGAUGGAGUCUUUUUAAUUAGUUUAGACACCAGAUCUGCCUCUCUCAAAUAAACAUUACAGAUUUCCUAGUUUUACACAUACAUGUAGGUUUAUUGUAUUAUAAGAGAUUACAUAUAGAUCUGAUAAGUAACAGUGACCACACUGAGUGUAUUAUAAUUGUUUUUCCUUACUUUAAAGGACACUUUUAUUGUCCAAAUUGAAAACAAAUUAGUAGCAACGGUUCUAUUAAGUUAAUGGCUCUUUGUCCAGAUAUUGAAUUAGAUAGGUAAAUGAAGGUGUCUCCCUGUUUAUUACUGAUGUUGAGGUUAUUAGGGACAAACAGCUAGGAUGCUUCUCCUUUUCAUCUCUAUAAUGUAUUAUUCAAUAGUAAUAUAAAAAGGUGUUCCCUCAAUGGUGUAGGAAUGAAGCGUAUGAUAUAAUUUUCUACUGUGAAUGGAUAUUAUACAAUUUUUCUGACUGUAAAAAUCAAUGUAAUGUGAUUAGUGUCUAGAUGUCUGUUCUUUCUAUGUGGAUCUGAGAGAAAAGCAACUAGGUUAAUUCUAGAAAACCUUUGGGAUUUCCGUUUUCUUCUAAUUUGUUAGAGUGAUAAUGAAUUUUAGCUCUAUAAUUAUUAAUAUCUGACUUUAUUUAUUUAAAUUGCUUCCAAAUGGUUUUAUGUCAGAACGGGGAGCAUUGCAUAAGUGUCUUUAGAGAGCAUUAACUUUAUGCAGUUCAGUAGUUGUAUGAAACAGUAAAUAAGUUAUUUUAUCUUUUUGCCAAUAAAUUUACAUUAAAUUCUAUUAAUGUUAUAGAACAGUUUGAUAAGGAUUUUAUUGAUAAAUGUUAAUCACUGUUUGGAAGAGAAGAAAUCUUCAGUUUGUGUUGGAAUUUUUUAAGAACAUUGCCUAGUUCUUAUCAUUAUGCUUAAAAAUUGGUUUUGCCAUAAAGAAAAUCCUGUGUAUAGCUAUAACUGUUGUUAAUAUAACACAAAGCCCUCUAUAUGCCUGUAGUUAUAUUGCAUCAAUCUAUAUUAGACAAUGGUUUGAUAACAGCAGUAUUUAUUCAGUUCUAUAUUAGGCAGCCGAGAAGUUUUGAUUAGGUUAAGUUUAUCUUGUGCUGUAAUCAAUCUGUUGAUGAGAAGACAUCCUACUCAAUCAGAGGACAAUGACGGGAGAAUUAUUGAUUUAUAUAAACGAACGAUGCUUUUAAUUAUUAUAUUCUGGGUUCCUUUUGUUUUGCUCAACCCAGUUAGAGGAAAAUGAACAAUUUGAGAACAAACAGGCUCUUAGUAUAAAUGUACUUUAGAAACUUUAUUACAUUGUAGGUGUGGAUCAAGAAUGUGAUUUGGGGUUGGGAUGGGAUUGGAGGUACCCCUGUCUUAAUUCUAUGCAAAUAAGCGUACUUUGAUAAAACAAUGCUUAUACGAUGAAACAUAUUUCCACUUGAAAGGUUUAACAACAAUGAAGAUAGUAAGUUUUGUAAAAUGGCAAAAGCUUUUUCCCUGAAUCUUUUUAGUACCAGACUGCUUAUAAAACAGAGGAGGCAGAAUGGACAUAGUUAGGAUUUUUUUCUUUAACUUUUAUAAUUGAUGGAAAAAACAAAACAAACAAAAAUUAAAUACAUUCAUUUUGUACUAAGCCAGCCAGCUUAUAAGGAAAACACUCUUUAAUUUUUUUUGAGGGGUGAAAUACAUGAUUUUGAAUAUCAAUUUAGGAACUAGUUAUAGUUUUGCUUAAUGGUUCUGAAGUUCGAAGCUUUGAUAUAUGAAAACAGUAUUAUGUUGCGACCUAUACUUAUUCGUUAUUUUGAAAGACUUAUAACCCAUUCAUCUUACAAUGUUGCAGUAUUGAAACUUACAUAAGAAUCCAUGUGUUUUCCUUAUACAUUAUAAAUUUAGUACUAUGGUUUCAUUAUUAGUUCAUGAAGUACUUUGUGUGUAAAAAAUUGCCGCUUUUAGGGACUAGAUAUAUUUACACAAAUGUUCUUAAUUUAACUCAAAAUCAUGAAUGUAAUCUACAUAUAUGUAACUUGUAUAUAACUGUAAUGAAUAUGUGAUAGGUUUAAUUAACCAGCCUUAUAUGUACAAAGAUUGUGAUAUAUAUGGACAGCUUUGUAUCAUUAUGCAUGUAUGUUAUUUUAUAAUUGACAAUUUUUUUCGUGCUUCAUUGUGCUUGAGGAGUGUGAACAUGUUGCAUGAGUGUUGAAUCAUAUAAUCAAUACCUUACUUAGGAUUCCAUUCACCCAGUCAUCAGAUGUGUUGUUAUAUCAUUAUUGUACAAUUUUAGUAUUAGUUUUCACAAAAUUACAUGUCAAUUUACAAUCAAGAUUAACAAAAUGGGAUAGUGUUUUUAUGGACAGAUGUUAAACCAUGGUGAUUCAUAUAUCAGUAAAUUAAUCAACAAUCAACUAUAUAAGUGACAAAAUGUUAAAUAUGGACAUGUUAAUGUUUAAAAUCUUCACUGCUGAUUGCAUUUGAUGAGAUUUCUUGCUUUCUUUAGAACUUCUUAUAUAAAAUAUCAAAGUAGUUAAAAAUCCCACUUCUGCACUUUAAAGUUUUUUCUCGAUUUUAAGUCAUUUUUAAAACCAAUAAAAAUAACUGUUAUAGCAAACCAGUACUGGUACAUAUGGGUACUGUUAAAUUAAAAUAACAUCUGCUAAACUGAAAUAUCAGUUCCAUUAGAAGUAUUGAGGAAAUUGAAAAUUAUGUUCAGCAAGAGCAGUUCCUUUGACAGCUAUUUCAAUUAGUGCCUGAUGUUUCAAAUUUCCUGAGCUUUGAAAGUGGGAAGAGUUCUUUGUAAAGAGAAUUCUCUCAUGGUUAAGAAAAAAAAUAUUUCAUAGGUUUGAUCUGAAGUAUUGUGCAUUUUGAAUUUUAUUUAGUACAUGCUACACAGAAGACUAUUUCUAAAUACCCAACUUAAAAUUACGAUUUAAUUGGGAAAGCAUAUAUUAGAUUAUCUUGAUGGUAUAUUUUUGGGCAAAAAUAAAGAAAGCUAUUUGUAUAUAUUUGAUUGGAUAUUGGAAGUUGCAAUCCCUUCAUUACUUUAAAACGGCUUUGUAUUCAAAGCAUAAUUAGCAAAAAAUUACAAAAAGGGAAAGGGAGAAAUUGUUUGGAGAGAAUCUAAAGAGUCAUAUACCUGUCCUUUAUAAAGUGUCCUAGUGGGAUGACUAGGGGUAAUGAACAGGGUUGAGUUCAAUAUUGUAGCUGCUACACAGUGCUACGUAGAUUUUGACUAUUGAACGUGUAGCUAUAUACUAGCUGCUACAUAAAUUUUGAUAGCAGCUAGCUGCUACGAUAUUGAACUCAACCCUGUUGUCUAAAUUAAUAAGGAAAGGGGUGGAUGUCAUUAGGUUUCGAAGAUGGAAUUGUAAGGAUAGAUCAUGGGAAAAGAGAUUAAGGGGGAGGGGGAGGGACAAAAAAUGUUGAAUAGAAGUCAGAAUGAAUGAAGUAAAACAAUAAUAUUGUGAGAAAGUGCUGUGUAUAAUGCUUUUUGUAACUUGUAAACUUUUGUUGAUGUUAGUGAAAAAUGUUUGGUUGUUAUUUUGUUUGAAUGAGAUUGUUAUAAAUGUUUUUUGAGUAUAUAUGCAAUAUCAUUAAUUACACUUUGUUACUUAUUUUCUUUUGUUUUGAGAAUACUUGUGCCAAUUGGGGAUACAAGAAAUAAAUCAUGUUCAAAUACA